UGGCUCCUCCCUCCUGUCAUCCUCAGUGACGAGCGCAGGCCGGAAGAGCGCUUUGCGUUAGUGGAUCUUGGUGUCCGCUCCUUUCCGGUGACCCCCCCCCGGGAGGAGGUGUGUCUCUCCCGCCGCUCCGGUCAUGGUCUGGUGCCGGGCGCUGCUGUGCACGUGGUGCUCCGCACGUGCUGGGAGUCUGGGGCCCAGGGCCCCCGCCGUCCGCUUCCUUGCCCCGAGGCACGUGUCCACCCGACCUUCCCAUGGAACCGACAAACCCGGGGGGUUCCGCCCGGAGAGGGUGGCCGUGGUGACCAAAACCACCCGCUAUGAGUUCGAGCAGCAGCGGUUCCGGAACGCCGGCCUGUCCGAGCAGGAGCUGAAAGAGCUGCUUGCUUUGAAAGGAUCGAGUUACAAUGGUCUGUUACAGCGACAUAACAUCCACUCAGAAAAUGUUGAACAUAUUGUGGAAAGUUUACGGAAAGAAGGAAUUGAAGUGCAAGUAGUGAAAAGAAGAGAUUAUGAUGAAGCUACGGUGCGAUGGGCCGACGCCAUCGUCUCGGCUGGAGGUGAUGGGACGAUGCUUCUCGCUGCUAGCAAGGUGCUGGACAGGUUCAAACCCGUCAUCGGAGUAAAUACUGAUCCAGAGAGGUCUGAAGGGCACCUCUGUCUGCCAAUGCAUUACACCCAUUCCUUCCCAGACGCCCUGCACAAGCUUUAUCGCGGUGAGUUCAGGUGGCAGUGGAGACAGCGAAUUAGACUGUACCUUGAAGGCACCGGGAUCAACUUCACACCUGUAGACUUGCAUGAACAGCAGAUAAGCCUGGAGCAGCAUAGCAAGGCCCUCAAUACUGGAGGUCAUCAAGAGCAAACAUCCCCAGACGUUUCUGGACCUCACUUGUUACCUGUAAGAGCGCUGAACGAGGUAUUUAUUGGAGAGUCUCUGUCCUCCAGGGGGAACUAUAAAUUCUGCAAACCACGUUUUACCUUCUCGCUUCAUAGGGCCUCCUACUAUGAGAUCUCUGUGGAUGACGGCCCCUGGGAGAAGCAAAAGAGCUCCGGACUGAAUGUGUGCACAGGGACUGGAUCCAAAGCCUGGUCUUACAAUAUAAACAAGAUGGCGCCACAGACUGUGGAAGAAAUACUUCAGAUUGUUAAAAGCCACAAGAAUUUGAAUCUGACAUUGGACAGCGACUUCAUAGAGAGAGUUACCAAUGAAUAUAACGACUCUUUGAUAUUCAACCCAGAGGAGCAGAAGAUGUUUUUCAGUGUUCGGGAGCCGAUUGCCAACAGAGUUUUCUCUAGUGGCCAGCAGUGUGGAUUUACCUCCAAGGUGUGUGUGCGAUCACGAUGCUGGGAUGCAUGCAUGGUGGUCGACGGAGGAACAUCUUUUGAGUUCAACGAUGGCGCUAUAGUAUCCAUAACCAUGGACAAGGAUGACGCACUGUGCACAGUACUGCUGGACGACUAACCAGCACAUAGAGGACAUCUAGAGCUUCAGCAGCAGGAGAGCACUCAAUUCUGCCAUGUAUCCCUGUCACUGGUGAUAACCCUCAUCUCAGGACACUAAAAUUCAACUUGGUUAUCAGUUCAGCAUUACUGACCGGAAUCGCUUAAUAGUUCAGCUCUGCAAGUUAAUCACACCCUGCAGACUGAACGCCUCUGCAGAUCUGAUUACUUGUGUGGACGUCUACAAUGCUGUUCAAGCUGUGAAUCUAGAUAUACCCUCAGCUGCACCACAUACUAUCCACCCACACUGAUGCCGAGCUGUCGUUUGAACUGUUGUAGAUUUGUAAAAAGAGAUAUAUACUUUUGCCACUUCUAAUGCAAUUUUGAUGGCUUGUCUGCCUUUUGCGUCAAGCUAUUUUUAGCUGUUUUUUGUUUUGUUUUUCUAGUAGAAACAAUCAUUGGACACUGGGGCCACGUACCAACUGAAUUCUGCUGCCUCCUAAUUACAGCCUUUUGAUAAAAAUUGUUCCUAUAUAUAAAAUAUAUACAUUGUUUGAA